AUGCUUGCCAGAUUGAACUUGGGCUACUCUGACAGCAAUGCCGCCGCACCUACCUUCGAACCUCAGGAUGAGAAGCAAAGUGCCGCCAUGACCUUAGGCCUUCUCAGUAGUGGAAUGAGUCCCAUGAACUCGGCUCCCCCCGCCUUCGGCGAUGGCACCCUUAAAAUGGGCGAGACGCCACUCCCACCACAGGGAGGAUUUGGAGCGACAGCAGAUAUACCAGGGGCUCCCUCGCCUCUAAGUGCCAUGUUCGGGCAAAUGCCAGAUAUGCAGCUCCCUCUCGAUUGGGACACCUGGGAUAACUAUAUUCAGAAUGCAGCACUUGAUGCCUCGAACCAGUGGUGGCCAACAAUGGAUCAGCAGCAACAGCAACAACCGCAGCCACAACCACAAUCUCAGAAUGCGUUAGGCUCUGCUGGUUUAGCAUCGGUGCAAAAUAGUGCUGCAGACAAGAUGCGCUCAUUGCCUUCUUUUUCCAACGUAUUUUACCCUGAUGCCAACGUUUACGAUAACAACAAUUCACCGCCGAACAAUGCGGGUACACGUUAA